GCAUUCAACACACCUUCUGGACAUCUGAAUAGUGACUUCUGUGUAGUGUGUGUUGACGCAGAAUUACUGAGCAAUGCUGCUGCUGUGGAUUGCAUUUUCCCUCACAUGGCCAGGCACAAUCGGCUUCAUGAUUCACAAUGUGAUGGAAAACCUGUGUCUAGAGGACUCAAAUAAAGGAGGUGUUCAGCUACAGAAAUGCAGUCAGGACACAGUGCUCCAGCAGUGGAUGUGGACAGAUAGCUGGUUUCUAGUGAACGUAGGCACCUUGAGGUGUCUCUCUGCAGCCCAGAGUGACCCAGUCCAAACUAUUACUUGUAAUUCUGGUGACCACAUCAUGUGGCAGUGCAAAGAUCAACAGCUCAUCAGCCUGACCAAUUCCCUAGCUUUGAUCACAGAGGGUGGAAAACUCAGUCUGAAUAGGGGUGAACACAACAAGUGGAAGUCUCUGGAUGCAGAUGAUAUCUGUCAGGACAAACUGAGAUCCAGAAGUGAGACAGAUGAGUUUGACUUUGCUGAAACAGAAGGGCCGUCUGCUCCACAGGGAAUGUCGGAGGCACAAAUGAGGUUUUUACAGUGGUAUUACCGCACAGAGGACCCAACAUUGUGGAAGUUUGCCAUGUUGGCAUUUGCUUUUCUAGGUCUUCUGAUUGGCUGUAUGCUGCAGGUCAUGGCCACAAUGGCUAAUAGGAACAGGAAGCAAAUAGCUAAGUACAAAGCUUCCAUAAACGUUACAGAAGUGAAACCUGAAAUGGUGGAGCUGCAGGCUCAAAGAGUCAAAGAGGAGAAACCCUCUUCCACAACUCCAACGCAGAACAGCCAUACAGAUUGGGAAGAAUCUCCAACCAACAGUAAAGUCACAGAGGAACUGAGGCCUGGUGAAAUCAUGGUGACCUGGAAAGAUGGGAACGUGUCGACUCUGUAUCCUGAACCUGUGCAGGAGGGGGAAGGUGAGGAGGAAGAGGUCCAUCAAAACUUCACUUAACGGUCAAGACAUGGAGACUCUCUUUCCCAAAAUAUCCCCAAUGAACAGUUCUGUCUGAGGCUCUUCCAUUGUCAUUUGGACUAUUCGCAAAUGAUCGAUUAGUCCUAUUGCUGGUCUUCUUCAUCUGUGUUACUGUAUAAAGCCAACAGAUUUUUUGCUAUGACUAGGAUGGGAAAGAAAUCUCACAUUAUAUUUAAGAAGACAAGAUCUGAUUGGUUGACUGGCUAUUCUGAGGUUAACCAAUCAGUUUCAUAAUUUUCAUAUAAUAUUUACACAUUUAUUAAUUUCAGUUUUAUACAGUUGAAGUCAGAAGUUUACAUACACUUAGGUUGAAGUCAUUAAAACUCAUUUUUUAACCACUCCACAGAUUUAAUAUUAGCAAACUAUAGUUUUGGCAAGUCAUUUAGGACAUAUACUUUGUGCACGACACGAGUAAUUUUUCCAACAAUUGUUUACAGACAAAUUGUUUCACUUUUAAUUGACUAUAUCACAAUUCCAGUGGGUCAGAAGUUUAUAUACACUAAGAUAACUGUGCCUUUAAGCAGCUUGGAAAAUUCCAGAAAAUGAUGUCAAGCCUUUAGACAAUUAGCCAAUUAGCUUCUGAUAGGAGGUGUACUGAAUUUGAGGUGUACCUGUUGAUGUAUUUUAAGGCCUACCUUCAAACUCAAUGCCUCUUUGCUUGACAUAAUGGGAAAAUCAAAAGAAAUCAGCCAAGACCUCAGAAAAACAAUUGUGGACCUCCACAAGUCUGGUUCAUCCUUGGGAGCAAUUUCCAAACAUCUGAAGGUACCACGUUCAACUGUACAAACAAUAGUACACAAGUAUAAACGCCAUGGGACCACGCAGCCAUCAUACCUCUCAGGAAGGAGACGCAUUCUGUUUCCUAUAGAUGAUCGUAGUUUGGUGUGAAAAGUGCAAAUCAAUCCCAGAACAACAGCAAAGGACCUUGUGAAGAUGCUGGAGGAAACAGGUAGACAAGUAUCUAUAACCACAAUAAAACGGGUCCUAUAUCGACAUAACCUGAAAGGCUGCUCAGCAAGGAAGAAGCCACUGCCCCAAAGCCGCCAUAAAAAAAAGCCAGACUACAGUUUGCAAGUGCACAUGGGGAAAAAGAUCUUCCUUUUUGGAGAAAUGUCCUCUGGUCUGAUGAAAGAAAAUGGCCAUAAUGACCAUCAUUAUGUUUGGAGGAAAAAGGGUGAGGCUUGCAAGCCGAAGAACACCAUCCCAACCGUGAAGCAUGGGGGUGGCAGCAUCAUGUUGUGGGGGUGCUUUGCUGCAGGAAGGACUGGUGCACUCCACAAAAUAGAUGGCAUCAUGAGGAAGGGAAAUUAUGUGGAUAUAUUGAAGCAACAUAUCAAGACAUCAGCCAGGAAGUUAAAAUGGGUCUUCCAAAUGGACAAUGACCCCAAGCAUACCUCCAAAGUUGUGGCAAGGUGGCUUAAGGACAACAAAGUCAAGGUUUUGGAGUGGCCAUCACAAAGCCCUGGUCUCAAUCCGAUAGAAAAUUUCUGGGAAGAACUGAAAAGCAUGUGCGAGCGAGAGGCCUACAAACCGUUCUGUCUGGAGGAAUGGGCCAAAAUUUCAGCAACUUAUUGUGAGAAGCUUGUGGAAGGCUACCCAAAACAAUUUAAAAAAGUUUUAAAGUGUAUGUAAACUUCUGACCCACUGGGAAUUUGAUGAAAGAAAUAAAAGCUGAAAUAAAUCAUUCUCUCUACUAUUAUUCUGACAUUUCACAUUCUUAAAAUAAAGUAGUGAUCCUAACUGACCUGAGGCAGGGAAUGUUUACUACGAUUAAACAUCAGAAAUUGUGAAAAACUGAGUUUAAAUGUAUUUGGCUAAGGUGUAUGUAAACUUCUGACUUCAACUGUAUAGUAUGCAUUUAAAUUCCAUCCUGACUCACAAUCAGUAUCUACAUUUAUAGU